GCCUCGGCCCGGCGCGACCCCGCCCACCCGUUCAGUUCAACGCGGCGGAGCUGGCACUCCUUCCCCUCCCCCUCCUCGCAUACAUAUAAGGCAGCUACGCUCCCCCGCAGAGUGGACAGCCCACCACACUCCACUCCGCCCGCCGCGAUCGAACGACCGACGGGUGCGGCUACCUGCUACGUACGCACACGUACCAACAACUCUCGGCGGGAUCCUACGUGCUCCAACGUACGGCGUCAGCAGCCGGACGCGCGAAGGUGUCUUCUGCUGAUCCAUGCGAAGGUCCUGCUGGGUGGGGGCAACAUAGUGGUACCGGUUCCACGGCGAUGAGGAGGAGCGCCACCGCUGCGGCGUUGGCCGGGUUGUGGCUCCGGCGGCCGGGCAGCCGGCUCGGAGGGGUUCUUGCCGUCGCGGUUCUUUUCGCCUCGGCGUUCUUGGGGCCGGCGGCCGCGGGAGGGAGGCACGACUACGAGGACGCGCUGAGGAAGAGCCUGCUCUACUUCGAGGCGCAGCGGUCGGGGCGCCUGCCGCACGGCCAGCGCGUCGCCUGGCGCGACCACUCCGGCCUCACCGAUGGCCUCGAGCAAGGAGUGGAUUUGGUGGGCGGGUACUACGACGCCGGCGACCACGUCAAGUUCGGCCUGCCCAUGGCCUUCACGGUCACCAUGCUCUCCUGGAGCCUCAUCGAGUACGGCGCCGACGUCGCGGCCACCGGCGAGCUCGCGCACGCGCUCGAGGCCAUCAAGUGGGGCACCGACUACUUCAUCAAGGCGCACACCAAGCCCGACGAGCUUUGGGCCGAGGUGGGCGACGGCGACACGGACCACUACUGCUGGCAGCGGCCGGAGGACAUGACGACGUCGCGGCAGGCGUACAAGGUCGACCGCGACCGCCCUGGGUCCGACGUCGCCGGCGAGACCGCGGCCGCCAUGGCCGCCGCGUCCAUGGUGUUCCGGGAGCACAACCCGCACUACGCCCACCUCCUCCUGCACCACGCACAGCAGCUCUUCGAGUUUGCGGAUAAGUACCGUGGCAAGUACGACAGCAGCAUCGCCGAGGUGAAGAGCUACUACGCCUCGGUCAGCGGCUACCACGACGAGCUCCUCUGGGCCGCGCUCUGGCUCCACCGCGCCACCGGCCGCGCCGGGUAUCUUGACUACGUCGUCAACAAUGCGGACGGCUUCGGCGGAACCGGCUGGGCCAUCACCGAGUUCAGCUGGGACGUCAAGUACGCCGGCGUCCAGAUCCUCGCCACAAGGCUGUUGCUCAGGGGCGAGCACUCGGCGCGCCACAGGGAAACGCUGGAGCAGUACAGGGUGAAGGCGGAGCACUAUGUGUGCGCGUGCCUCGGCAAGAACGCGGCCGUUGGCGCCGACGCCAACGUGGAGCGGAGCCCCGGCGGGAUGCUCUACGUGCGGCAGUGGAACAACAUGCAGUACGUGACCAGCGCGGCGUUCCUCCUGUCCGCCUACUCGGACUACCUCGCCGGCGCCGGCGCCGGCUCGUCGGGGGCAGUGACGUGCGCGGGCGGCGAGGCGGCGGGCGCGGGCGAGGUGUUCGCGCUGGCAAAGGCGCAGGUGGACUACGUGCUUGGCAGCAACCCGCGCGGGAUGAGCUACCUGGUCGGGUACGGCGCCAGGUACCCGGCCAGGGUGCACCACCGCGCCGCGUCCAUCGUGCCGUACAAGCACAGCAAGGAGUUCAUCGGCUGCGCGCAGGGCUUCGACGACUGGUUCGUCCGCAAGGGCGCCAACCCCAACGUCGUCAUCGGCGCCAUCGUCGGCGGCCCCGACCGCUGCGACGGGUUCAGGGACCACCGGGAGAACUACAUGCAGACGGAGGCGUGCACGUACAACACCGCGCCCAUGGUCGGCAUGUUCGCCAUGCUCAACAGGCUGGCCCGGCACGAGGCGUCACAACAACCAGAGAAUCGAAGUAGUCCUGCCACGGACCAAAGUGUAAAUAGUUACUAAUACAGGGGGAUUGUACAAUUUUGCUCCUAUUCUUUUGUUCAUUCUUUCUAUAGAUGUGAAGUGAAGGCACUCUUCACAGAAAAUUGUUUGUAUGCGAGGAAAAAAAAGAAAGGGCGGAGGCAUUUGGAAAGCAAAUGUAAAUCCCCCCCGGUAAAUACCAGAAAAGAAUAAUGUCUUAGUUUAUUUAUUUCAA